GGGCGGGGUGGAAUGAGGGCACGCGCGUGCAGUAUGGAUUCUUGAGCAACAAUUGGGUUCAGCGGCCGGGGCUCCGUUUGUCCCGAGCGGGGAAGCGCUGUGAAUGCAACCGUCGGCGGUUCCUCCUAAGAACGCACUGAACGCGGUUUUGCUUUCCCAGGGGAGAAGCAGAGCGCCGCGCUGAUGGACGAAGCGGAGAGUUUGUGCCAGCAUCACCUGGGGCUUGCUGCCGAACUUCCUCGUUAUCUCAGGUCUGUAGGAUCCCAGAACCCCACGAGAUGGCACAGACCCGACAGCUCACCUCCAGCGCCCUGGAAAUACCUCUUCCCGGAGCUCCCCGUUGCUGUAGGUGAAGUAAACGCCAGUUUGGCCAGCACAACACAUCUCCCAAUUCCAUUUGAGCUGUGUCACUGCGGGGGAGCGAUGCUAAAACUGUCACUUGGCUUUCCAUGCUGCCAUUACCUACAGGGCACUCGGAGGCUAUCGGGGGUUCGGCUCUUAUCCGCGAGUUCCAGCUCAGCUCUGAGCUGAAUGCUUGGGUGGGUUCAUGCGUGUUGGUUUUCCAAAAGAUGCGUGUUUGACAUCUUUAUUUUUCUGACAGCACAAGAAUCUUAUUAUUUCCCCACCUCUCCUUCAGCCUGCUGUUCUAUUCCGCCCGGGAUCCGUGGUUCCAUCAUCUUUGCUUUGCUGGUGAUGGGUUUGGCCAUUGCUUUUCUUCCUUCUUGAGUAGUAAAAAUUGCGUGAAUGUAAAUGAGAUUUGAAUGAAUAAUGCUAGUUAUGCAUUCAUCCUAAUUCAAAUCCUAUCUUAAUUAGCCCGGGGGCCUAAUUUGACUUUCAUGCAGCAUGAAACCACUUUGGAUUAUCACCAGAAUUGCCAUGCAUUUGUUCUUCACUUUUUUUUUUUUCCAAUCAGCGCACAUCUUUUUACACUGCUUAAAAACAAAGCAAAACAAAUAUAUCGUUAAUAAAUUAAUCAGAUUUAAUUAGGGCGGCACAGAAGGAUAUAUUUAAAGGGGAAAAAUGCUGUAAAUACAUUCCCUGUGCCGACUGCUUCUGUGCCGAGCGUGGGGAUGAGCCCAUGACACAGACACAGAGUGAAAGUCUCUCUCGGGUGCACUUUCUGCCAUGACUUAAACGAGCUGAAAUUGCUGACAUUCUGCCUUUUUCAGAUGUGUGUCAGCGUCCAUAGGCUUCUCCUUCAAACGAAUGGAAGAUUAUUGAGUUAAAUAUCGCCAGGACGACAGCUCUGGGAGGCACUCAGUGGACGUGGGGUGAAGGUUGCCGCCGUGUUUCUGGUCCUGCAGCACAUAUGUGAAGGCAGCACUGCUCUCUAGCUCAAAAACGGAAGGAUACAACGCGUGAAAUGCCAGAAUUCUGCUUGCGACUUUGUUCUUUCCUUCUAAUUAGAUUGCGAUGAACGUUUCCAGUAGGACAGCGGGUUAAUGAGAGGUCGUUUCAUUGAGCCUAAAGGUUUCCUUGCAGACAGAAGGUGCUGCUGGUGUGUUUUCCCAUAUUUGUAUCCGCAGCUUUCCUCUGGACUGGGGCUAAAUAUAGAAUAAAUGACGUUUUCUUGUCAGGGGGAAGCAGAGCUGCUCAGCAGCUUCAAGUCUGAGCAGUGAGAGCCUCCUAAUCAACGCAUGCCGUUAACGCACAGCUGAUAAGCCUUGCACAUGAGAAGGCUGUGGUUAAUCUGAAUGUCAAGUCAGCGCUGUCAGCGUCUGUAGGCAUCUUCCCCUCUCUUCAGAUGGACUCGAGGCUGACACGUUCACUCUCUGACGUUCCUGCAACUUCUGAAGGAUGCACACACCGGCACGGCAUGCUGUCUUGCUAACAAGGAGGGGACUUCCCAAAAGCCUGCAAAGGAGACGUAGAUCUUCAAGCAAGUCCUGGCAGCUGGAGCUUUCCGAUAGCAGAUAAAAUAAUCUGACCACCAUGAGUUGGAGCUUUCUGACCCGUCUCUUAGAGGAGAUCCACAACCACUCCACCUUCGUUGGCAAAAUCUGGCUGUCGGUGCUGAUCGUCUUUCGGAUCGUUCUGACUGCUGUGGGAGGCGAAUCCAUUUAUUACGAUGAGCAAAGCAAGUUUGUCUGCAACACGGAGCAGCCCGGCUGUGAGAACGUUUGUUACGACGCUUUUGCUCCUCUUUCUCACGUGAGAUUUUGGGUGUUCCAGAUCAUUCUCGUCGCCACUCCGUCCGUCAUGUAUUUGGGCUACGCCAUCCAUAAGAUUGCCCGCAUGGUGGAGCACAGUGACGUUGACAGAAGGUUCAGAAGCAAAAGCUUUUCCACACGCUGGAAACAGCACCGCGGCUUGGAGGAGGCCGAGGAUGACCACGAGGAGGACCCGAUGAUGUACCCAGAGAUAGAGCUGGAAAGCGAACGGGAGAACAAGGAGCAGCAGCCCCCCGCCAAGGCCAAGCACGACGGGCGGCGGCGGAUCCGCGAGGACGGGCUGAUGAGGAUCUAUGUGCUGCAGCUGCUGGUGAGGGCGACGUUCGAGGUCGGCUUUCUGAUCGGUCAGUACCUCCUGUAUGGCUUUGAGGUCAGCCCCGUGUUUGUGUGCAGCAGGAAGCCCUGCCCCCAUAAGAUAGAUUGCUUCAUUUCAAGGCCGACCGAAAAGACCAUUUUCCUGCUCAUAAUGUACGGGGUGAGCUGUAUGUGUUUGCUUUUGAAUGUGUGGGAGAUGCUCCAUUUAGGGUUUGGCACGAUCCGGGACACGUUGAACAACAAGAGGAAAGAGCUGGAGGACUCUGGUACCUACAACUACCCCUUUACCUGGAACACACCCUCUGCCCCUCCUGGCUACAACAUUGCGGUCAAACCCGAUCAGAUGCAAUACACAGAACUGUCCAACGCCAAGAUGGCCUACAAGCAGAACAAAGCCAACAUCGCCCAGGAGCAGCAGUACGGCAGCAACGAGGAGAACAUCCCCGCCGACCUGGAAAACCUGCAGAGGGAAAUCAAAGUGGCUCAGGAACGCCUGGACAUGGCCAUCCAGGCGUACAACAACCAAAACAACCCCGGCAGCAGCUCCAGAGAGAAGAAGUCCAAGGCGGGCUCCAACAAAAGCAGCGCCAGCAGCAAAUCGGGGGACGGGAAGAACUCUGUCUGGAUUUAACCUUGGCUGGGUUUAUAUGUUGUCUUUUUCUCACAACCAGCAACCCGUUGAGUAAUGGCUUCCAUUAAGUAAAUAUUUGGUUCUGCUUAUUUUCAGGGAUACUGUUGGCUAGCGAUUCCAGCUCUAAGGAAGUGUUUAUACGCAUAAUGUAGGACUGUAGGACUUUAUUCUUCUGCCUUCCAAGCCAGGAGACAAAUAGGUAUAUUUAAAUCAUUCUCAUUGAAGGGUUUACGCUGUAUGUACAGUAUUAUGGUACAUUAUUAUGCACAAUUUUUUGUAUUUGUACACUGGAUCUCCGGAGUUACCCUUUUUUUUAUAUGAAAGGAGGAAACCGUAGGUAGCUGUUAGCAUUUUGCCAGUUUUAUUACUGUGGUUCGUCGUCGUUUUCUGUUUGUUUUCAAUGUCAGGACUUUCUAUGCUGCAUUUGAGAAGUGCCUUGAACACUCAGCACCAGGGAGCCCGGUUAUCCGCUCCCUUAGAGCAGGGGGGGGGUUGGAAAACGUCUGCUGAUGGUGCUCUUGACUGUACCUUUUUAUAAAGACGAUGUGCUACUUACAAA